GAAAAGAAAUGCCUCGUUUGCACAACGUUUACUGACAGUAAAAAGUGCCUCGAAAAUAGAUCUUCAGAACACAAAUAUUAUUACUACAGUGCUAACAUCUGAAGUAUUUCAUCAUCCGUUGUGUCUCACAAUAGAGCUCUUCGACAAGCCAAAGUUUGCCCUGAUUGUCACCCAUUAGUGCCCUUGUGGUACAUUUUGUUUUCCUUAUCUUAUUAUAGUUGACAUAUUCUUCAUAGAAAUAUAUAAUAGGGUUAACAAGCGAUCAUGUCAGUUAAGCAGCUAUUUCAAAGGAGAAGAAAAGUUAAAAAAUUGGCAUCUCCAAAAAGCGUGAUUUACAAGUAUGUUGGUGUCAUUGAAACGAUCAUGUUGUGCAAAUGUCAAGAAGAUCAUACAAAGCACCAGACUGUCUCUGUUUUUACUCUAAUUGUUGAAGAACCAACCAGACACUUGAUUUUGAUACGAUUUUAUGAAGAUUUCUUUGACUUCGAUAGAAGAAUUAGAGGUACCUUCAGGAAAAAUAAAAUACGCCUACCAAAUAUCCAACAUAGUAUAACCCGUAACUCUGGAUUUAACCGAGAAUACCAGUCGAAGGCACCUAAAGUCAAACAGAGGCUGUUGCGCAAUUUUAUCAACGUAGAAAAAAUUCACUGUUCGUUUUACUCUGAUUCCUGUCACAAUAAUAAUAGAAAUGCUUCGAACGCUACUAUACUUGAAGACUAUCUAUAUCAUUGCUUUAACGACAUAGAAAUUCAAUCUUCUUCUCUGUUGCAAGAUUUUCUUAGACCUCAGCGUGAACAGGACCAUGUUAUAAUAAAGAAACGACAAUCAGAGUACAACUGGUAUUCAAAAAAAGACUUACGAGCGAACAGCAUAUCAAUAACAUCUUCGAUCAACAAGAACACAAGAGACAAUAGACAAACAACGAGUAACGACCAAGGUCACUUUAAUGCAUUGUCUGUCGUCCAUCGUGGCCCAUCACCGCUAUCAAACGAGAAUAAUGUAAAAUCAGCAUCUUUGUUAGAUUCAGAACACCAAAUAUUACAAAGGAAGAGUUUACAGUUACAGCGAAAACAACAACAAUGUUCAUCUUCCUCUAAUGAAAACAAAAGUGUCAUAAUAUCUACGUCGUCACAAUCUGUCAACGAAGGCUUCCUACCAAAGCAACACGACCCUUCUAUCGAGAAUUUUCACUUUAUUAAAGUAAUUGGUAGAGGUUGUAUAGGCAAGGUAUUUUUAGUAAGGCAUAAGAAGACUACCCGAUUGUAUGCAUUAAAAGCUAUCAAUAAACUGACCGUCUUUGAGCAAGAACAGUUGACUCACAUCAAAGCAGAACAACAGAUUUUGGCAGAUAUUGCUUUAUUAAAUCAUCCAUUUCUAAUUAGACUUCAUUACGCGUUUCGCGAUUCGAAUUAUCUCUUUCUUGUACUAGAUUACCAUGUAGGAGGCGAUUUAGCAACACAGCUAAGACUCCAUCACAAACUGGAUACAAAGAGAUGCUUAUUUUAUACAGCAGAGAUUACCCUCGGACUCCAGCAAUUACAUCGCAUGGGCAUACUUUACAGGGAUUUAAAACCUGAGAACAUACUUCUAACCGCCGAUGGUCAUAUUGUACUAACAGAUUUUGGCCUGUCGAAGCAGUUUUCUUCCGCCGACGAGAUGCAAAAGACAGCCACUUUCUGCGGAACAGCUGAGUAUAUCGCACCUGAAAUCUUGGAUCAACUACCGUACUCUUACGAAGUAGAUUAUUGGAGCUUGGGGACUAUUUUGUAUGAAAUGAUUACUGGCAUUACUCCAUUUUGGGCUGAGAAUAGGGACGAAAUGUUUCGACGUAUACGUGAAGAUCCUCUUCAGUUUCCAGCUUUUAUCGAUAUCGAGACAGCAGAUUUCAUUGCACGUCUGUUACGAAGGGAACCGAAACGCCGUUUAGGCAGUGGAUCUGACGGACCAUUACAGGUUCGUUCUGACCCUUACUUUUACACAAUUGAUUGGGGUUUAUUAUAUUCCAAGCGUAUCAAACCACCUUAUCGACCUGCUAUCGAAUCAGAAAUGGAUUUAAGUCUUUUAGACAGCGAGUUAUUGCAACUGACACCGAGACUAUCUCCAGUUAGCAGAAGACGGCAGGAAGCUGAAGAUCUGACUAUGAGUCAGCAUAGUCUUCUAUCAGAUCCUUAUUUCUAUCAGCAACGAGAUCAACCGGAUGUUUUUGAAGGUUAUUCAUUUAUAAAAGAAGAAGGAAUCCAUCUAUGUUCUACGGACUCAGUACCUUCAAAUGUGUAUAGUAUGGUUAGCAGCCCUCCUAUUCACACCUUAAUGGACAUAGCUCUUCAACAAGAGACGUCAGUAGACAGUAACAUCAAAUAUUUCAUUUACAACAAUGAAAGCGAAGAUAUUAUUGGGUACAAUGAAUAUGCAGAUUUGGGUAAUGAAUUCAUGAGUAGUGACGAGGAUAAUAUAUGCCCUGCGGACUUUGUUCGUAAUGAUCGUCAUGACGAUAUACUGAGUUAUGAAAAUUGUUCGGGAAGAGAUAGUUGCAGUAUCAUGCACGAGGAAACAGAUGGAUCCCAAUUGUUUAUGACCUAUAAGACUAGUAACGACACUUAAUCAUAUUUCCAAAAGCACCACCCAAUCAGUCUAUAAGCAAGCACAGCCAUUUGGCAUGAUCUUUUUUGUCCUCCAAUCAAUAAUAAAUAAUUAAACAGUAUUAAUUUCACAAGUUUGGCUGGAUUCGAACGCGCAGAAUUAUAUGCAUAUUUCAACUAAAUGGCACUUUAUUUAGUACCAGUAAUACACAGUUUAUUAGAAAAACUCGUCCUCGCAUACCUGUAUGCUUAUUUUAAGUUUUUCUAUGACCAUCAUCAAGAUUUUAUAAUACAUCCAACAAUAGACUUUUGCAAAUUAUUUUCCUAUACAAAACUGUCCGAAAAGUGUAUCUAGAA